AACGGGGGCCGUCUGCACGUCGACAUCCAAUAAGGAGCCGGAGGCGGGGAACGUCCGCUUGCUCAAUCCGGGUACUGUGGAGAGUGGCAAGCUUUACCCUUGGGGUGUAGCCAGAAGGUGUGCGCGUGCUCCUCUCUCUGUAGAAGGACAGAAGCUCAGGGGAGAAGCAGCUGUGGAAGCCGGAGCCUGGGGAGGGAGCGUCUGGCUGGCUCCUCAGCAUCAUUAGCCCUCAUUUACCACAGCGCCUCCCCCCGAGACCGCGCGCAUAGAGCCGUGUCGCCUGCUGGCCUCCGCCCACCCCGAGCCCCCUGAUCCUCGGUGAGCGCCGCCGCUCCCGGCUUUGUGUGCGCAGAGUGUCCCGGCAGCGCUGUCGCCAUGGGAUGUACGCUGAGCGCGGAGGACAAGGCGGCGGUGGAGAGGAGUAAGAUGAUCGACCGGAACCUGCGGGAGGACGGGGAGAAAGCCGCCCGGGAGGUCAAGCUGCUGCUUCUGGGCGCUGGAGAAUCGGGGAAAAGUACAAUCGUCAAACAGAUGAAGAUUAUCCAUGAGGCGGGUUAUUCAGAAGAGGAAUGCAAACAGUACAAAGCAGUAGUAUACAGUAACACUAUACAGUCCAUCAUCGCCAUUAUUAGAGCCAUGGGCAGAUUGAAGAUAGAUUUUGGAGACCCAACAAGAGCGGAUGAUGCUCGUCAGCUUUUUGUCCUAGCUGGAGCUGCAGAGGAAGGUUUUAUGACGGCUGAGCUGGCCGGAGUCAUCAAGCGUUUAUGGAAAGAUGGUGGAGUACAGGCCUGCUUUAACAGAUCGAGAGAAUACCAGCUCAAUGACUCUGCAGCCUAUUACCUCAACGACUUGGACAGGAUAGCUCAGAACAGUUACAUUCCUACGCAGCAGGACGUUCUCAGGACCAGAGUGAAGACCACUGGCAUAGUGGAAACACAUUUUACUUUUAAAGAUCUUCAUUUUAAGAUGUUUGAUGUCGGCGGUCAAAGAUCUGAAAGAAAAAAGUGGAUUCAUUGCUUUGAGGGCGUUACUGCCAUCAUUUUCUGUGUGGCACUGAGCGAUUACGAUUUGGUCCUAGCUGAAGAUGAAGAGAUGAACCGAAUGCAUGAGAGCAUGAAAUUAUUUGACAGCAUCUGCAAUAACAAGUGGUUUACAGACACCUCCAUUAUCCUUUUCCUAAACAAAAAAGAUCUCUUUGAAGAAAAAAUCAAGAGAAGUCCUCUAACAAUUUGUUACCCAGAAUAUGCAGGUUCAAAUACGUACGAAGAAGCUGCAGCAUAUAUUCAGUGUCAAUUUGAAGAUCUGAAUAAAAGAAAGGAUACAAAGGAAAUCUACACCCACUUCACGUGUGCGACAGAUACCAAGAACGUGCAGUUUGUAUUUGAUGCAGUGACUGAUGUCAUCAUAAAAAACAAUCUCAAAGACUGUGGCCUUUUCUAAAAAUGUCAUUAUAUGGUAAGAUGAUGUCUAAAGGUAGAAGCAACCAUGCAAAAUGUUUCCCCAUUAAAACAAACCAACCUGUCACCAGUCUGCAUAGGCCCGAAUCGUAAUAGUAAGAGCUUGUUAGUUCAGCUCAUGUGUCAGUCACCUGAGCCCAAAGUGACAACCCGAGCCUCUUGCAGCUUACCGUUCAAGUUUAUCUGGACCCCUUUAAUAAUUGGGUAUGAUAUAUAGUUCAGCUACUAUUGUAUAAAGUAAUAUAUGAGGCCAUAAUGGCAGUUUAUUUUAAAACAAUAGUGUUUUGGGUUUGUUUUGCAAACUAAUUAUUGAAAAUGUAAUGUUAUUUUCCUUUUAUACUUUCAGACUGUCACUUGCUUGCCAAAAUAAAAUGACUCACUUGCCACAUAUGAUACUGUAAAGGGGUUGUUCACCCGUGUGGAUCUUUUAGGCAGACCCUCCCCAACUUGGCUGGACCUGCAGAGGGAUUCAUACUUUUAUCGGAGACACACACACACACACUGGGUUCUGGCUCCUUCGCUCCUCCACGUGACCCAGUCACAAGCGAGGAGACCAGAGAGCAGCAGUGGAGGUGGGGGUUUAAAGGAGCCAGAACCCAGCAGCGAGGAUCAAGUAUGUAUGAUGCCCUCUGCUGGUCCAGCUUUGUUUGAGGAGCCUUCUUGAACCUUCACCCCUUCAAAAAUGCUGUGUCCACAUAAAAAGAGAUUCCUACAAUGAACACUUAUCACCUAUCCACAGGAUGGGUGAUAAAUGUCUGCUUGCUGUACCCCACCCCAUAUCACUAGAAUAGAGGGUCCCAACCUAUCUAUUGCUCUCCACUGCAGGGUGAGUUUGAAGGAAGCGGUGGUCAGGCAUGUGUGAUGCUGCACCAUUCAAAGUCUGUGGGACAGGUCAAGAUAGGCUAGGGCUGGGAAUAUGUGAUAGAUUUUGACUUUGGGAAUACACCUUUAAAUACUUCCCUUUUUUCCCCCUACAGCUUUAGAAAAUAAUUUCAUAGUGCGCAUUCACUGUGUAAUAAAUUCCACUAUCUGUAGGCCUAACGCUGAUUAUAUCUACUCUCUCCUGUAGAUUGCAUUUGACUUCACCCUGUUAUAGCUUGAUGGCUUUUGGAGUGAUUUAAGACCCUCAAUGAACGGCGGACCAGUACUGUACUUUGCCAGUUUUAUUAGCUUUAUUUAUGUUCAUGUCUUGUAAAUUUUUUCAAAAGUCACUGCUAUUUGCUAGGCCACACAAUGGAGAAGGUAUUUUGAUUGUAUGUAUACUGUAAUUGUAGGAAUGUUAUUUGUACAGACAUUGGACAGACUAUUUUAAUAAUUUGAAUACGCAAAAAAAAUCCUCUUAUGAAAUGCAGUUAGAGGACUUUUUUUUUUUUCUCGCCUGUUUAGGUUAUUUAAGGAAAUAAUGUAUAUUUUCUUCUUCUUUUUUUUUUUUCUCCCUUUUAAGCAUGCAUGCUGCCUUAUUCUGUGUUCUGCAAUGUUUCCUUGCAAGCCUGUAAGAUAUAAAUCUAUAUAUAAAGAAGCAGAAUGAAAUCUGGACAUCUUAAAGUUGCACAAUCCUGGGGCAUGUAACACAGAAUCAUCCUGUCGGCCUGAGCCUUCACUGUGCAUUUUUCUUAUAUAAUACUUCUCUUGCGCAUUGCCUUACAGGUGGUGCCAAAACAGCAUUUUUAUACAUUUUAAGAAUCCAAUAAUCUUUUAGUUGUAAAUAGAUUUUUUUUUCCAGGUGUUUUGUCCAGAACAUUUUGUGGGCUGCUGGAAUGGGACCGAUCACCUUAUUGUUGUUGGAGGAAUCAUGUCCUUGGCAUGCUGACCAUGGCAGUACUUUGUAUAGAUGAGUCAUUCUGGCAGUCUUGCAAUUCCACAUACGUGCUACAUUUUAGUACACCUCAGCUUUUCCAUCGAAACGUUGCCGCCGGAUGACUCUCCAUUAUAUUCCGUUUUUUACUGUUUUGGCUUUGUGAUGCAGUCUUUGUAAUUGCCUUACUGUCACUUUUCGUCUUACAAAUCCUAUCAUUCCUUUCCUUCAUCUUUGCAAAUAUCUUGGGUGGUUAUUAUGUUGUAAGCCCUCCACUGGAAAUCAAGAUAUCCCUAAAAAGUGUGAGAUUUUUUUUUUUUUUUUUUUCUUCAAGUGGUGAAAUAUUUUUGCACCUUUUUUAGCCAUUCUAAUUUUGCGUGGUUACUAAGAAAUCUUGAUGGAACACUUUUUUUUUUUUUUUGUAAGAUCUUCACCUUGACCUCACUGUGGGUAUAUCCAUUAAAGUUGUGUUGCUUCAUAUUUCCUCAAAAUUCACAAGUAACUUUUUUUUUUUUUUUUUGUGUUGUCCGGAACGUGUAAAAAACUUUAUUGUACUCGUUACCUUCUUCAUUAAAGUUUUUGUACUUCACUGUAUGGAAUGAAUUCUUGGUGAUUAAUAAUUACUAAGGUUACAGCUGAAUUCUUUGUGCCUUGAAUGUUUAUUUUAUUUUAACAUUUAUUUAAAUAAAAUAUUUGGCAACAUCCUGAUGCAUAUUUGUAACAAUGUACUGAUAAAAAUCAUGUCAUCUUCACAAUGUAUAUAAUAGAGCACAGCUUUGUUGAACAUUAUUGAUGGGUUCCUUGACUUUCUCAUGUAAAACCAUGUUGCAAAUGAAUCCCAAUAAACCUUGCAGUUUUUCAGAUUUUA